AUGAGUCGUAUCUUCAUCACGGGUGUUACUGGUUUUAUCGGUGGAGACGUACUCCAUGGCCUGACUCAAGCGCUGGCAUCUUCUAGCAUAGUCGCACUUGUGCGUAAUCAGAGCCAGGCAACUGCAGUUGCUGGACGGUUUCCUACGGUGACACCGCUGAUCGGGGACCUGGAUUCCAGCGCUGAGAUCCAACGAGCGGCUUCCGAUGCUGAUGUCAUUUUGAAUCUCGCAAGCUCGAGCCAUGUGUCAAGCGCCAAAGCCAUUGCCGAAGGAUUGUCGCAAAGUCAAAGGAAAAAUCCAACAUGGAUUCAAAUUGCUGGUGGGAGUAUGUUAUCCAUUUCGGAGAUAGAGUCCAAAACAUUCGGCCAGCCUGGUUCGAAGAUCUACAAUGACUUUCAAGGCAUUUCAGAAAUCCAUGACAUUCUUGCCGCAUCCCCUAAGCGCGCCGUGGAUCAUCUCGUCCGUGGACUGCCUUCCAGAAACCCCCACGUUCGGACGGCAAUUGUCUAUGGCCCACUCAUCUAUGGCAAAGGCAGAGGGCCCGUGAACCAAAGGAGUAUUCAAAUCCCAGAUCUUGCCAAGGUGGCUCUACAGCAUGGGCGAGGUGUUCAUGUGGGCCGAGGCUUCAAUACCUGGAGCACUAUCCACAUCGCUGAUUUGACGAAUCUCUUCGUCAGGCUAGUUAUCGAGGCCUCACGAACUUCGAAUAUGCAGCUAUGGAAUGAGAAUGGUGUCUUCUUUGCUGAAGCUGGAAAGAUAUGUUUUGGGGAUAUCUCCAAGAAGAUUUCAGCCUACGCCCACUCACAAGGUUAUAUCAAAUCACCUGAAGUAAUUGAGAUCGACGCAGCUACUGCAGACAGACUCACCCCGCACGGAUCUGUGAUUUGGGGAACCAAUGCCCAAUACCAAGCAAUUCGGGCCCGUGAAGUUCUUGGGUGGCUUCCCAAGGCACAUGGAAUCGAGGAUGAGAUUCAACGAGCGGUUCUGUCCGAGGCAGUUAUGUUAAACCCUCGACUCGCUGAAAAGCUGGUCUAG